GAGAAAUGGCCUAAAUCUCUUAAAGAACUUGAGGAAUCCAGGAAGAAAGUCUUCAUUCCAUUUCCAAUGCCUUCUCAAGAUAUUGAGAAGUGCAGAAGGUGGAUUGUAGUGUGUUUGCGGCAGUUCUUCAUGGAAGCAAAUAUAACCAGAAACACAUACAUGGUAAUGCAGCCUCUAAGUUAAGAGAGAAUCCUUUCCAUGAAGAAAAUCUAUACAUUUCAGACGACAUAUCAAAAUCUGCGAGGGAGCAGCCCAAAAAGCUUAAAGAGAGGCACCUGAAUGAAAUCCGUAGUCAAGAAGAUGUCCAAUUUGCCUAUAUUCCUUGGAGCGUACUGGCCAGGAUCAUUUUUAAAUUGAAUGGUGAGUCAAAACUUAAGUCCUUCUACCUGCAAGCUGAAAAUGCCAACACCAGCUAAACCGACUACUGGACUUGAUUGCGUAUUGCUAUACUAUCAAAUAUACUAUCUUUGCUCCAGAACUGUCUACAAUAUUUUAAGAUGAAUUAUCUAGCUCUUCAUUUAAUUUCAUGAAUUCGAAGGCCACUCUUUGUUAAUCUUUUUUUGACCAAUGAUAAAAUUCAUUUAUAGGAAGCCAUAAUUACUGUCAAUCAUAUUAUUAAGUUAAUAUUUAUCGGUUUGGAGCGAGUGCGGCUGAAGGGGAGAGAAAGGAUGCUACACUCCUUCAGGGGGGAAGAUGAAAAUUUGAAAUUUGAUAUUAUUUUCCAAGCUAAAUUAUUUACUAUGUGUUUAUAUUUUUGUGUCAGUGUUUUCGUUUCUUUGUGUAGAGCAAUGCAAAUAAUUAUUCAAAGGUGUGUUGUAAGGCAAAUGGUCUUCCAGGUUUUUUCCGUACCAAAUAAGAAAAAUCAUAGCAGAAAUGAGUGAUUUUAGAAUACUUUCAUUAAAUGUUAGAGGCUUGAGCAAUUUUAAGAAACGCGUAAUUUUUGCAUGGUGCAGAAAAAAAAAUGCAAAUAUUAUUUUUCUUCAAGAAACGCAUUCAACUGGAAACAAUGAGAAACAAUGGAAAGCUGACUGGGGUGCCCCUCUGGAGGUUGCUCAUGGGAGUAGUAAUUCAAGAGGUGUUGCAAUACUCUUUCGAAAGGGGUUUGAUUGCAAGAUAAUUAAAAAAGUCAUUGAUCCCAAUGGAAGAUGUUUGUAUGAAGUUCAAAUCAAUGAUGAAAAAAAUUUUUUAGUGAAUGUUUACAGUCCAAACAAUGAUAAUCAAGCUGUGCAAUUCUAUGAUCAUUUAAUUGACGUUUUAAGUUGACAGCGGACGUUGAGCUUUCAAAUGCGCAGGAAGUUUUCUCUAUUCCUUAUCUUGUUGCGAGGGAAACUUGUGUUUGCAAACUAUGAUGUUCCCUGAAAGGGCUCACUUGAGUUGUUUCAUUCCAAAGGUUUUCAAGGCAAUGCAAAAUAUAUACUGCACUGUUGAUUGUACUGAAUUUAAAAUUGAGUGUUGAAGGAAUUUUGCUAGGCAGUGUAAUACUUUCUCUUCUUAUACACAUUGUAAUAUUUUAAAGUGCCUGAUUGCAGUAACACCAAACAGUGGUGCAUGUUUUGUAUCGGAUUUUUUUGAGGGUGAUAUUAACGAUGUACAGAUUUUUAAAGAGUGUGGUAAUUUGAGGUAUCUCCAUCCUGGUGAUGUGGUAAUGGCAGAUGGUGGACUUACGGCUAGAGGACUGUUAAACCCCAGACAAGUGACACAUACGAUACCGUCCUUAAAAGGAAGAACUAGUUUAACUGCAGCAGAGGAGUUGGAAACAUGGUGCAUUGCCGAAGCAAGGACCCAUGUUGAGCAUUUCAAUGAAUGCCUCAAACAGUUUAGGCUUGUUGAGAGCAAAUUACCAUCAUCUCUUGCCCCCCUUUCAACUCAAUUGGUAGUUGUUGCUGCAUGUCUAGUAAACUUUCAGGAAACUCUCUGUAAAUAG